GGCACCAAAAAUAUCUAUUUUUACUUCCUGCCCUGCUGGAUGUCCUAUUAACCAGCACUCGGCAGGAGUUGAUUUGAAAUUUGAAAUGACUUCAACUAUUAGGGGAAAGGGGGGUCGAUAGGUGCCCCAAAAAUUUUCCUUUCAUAAUUAAUCAAAUGGGCGCUGGUUUUGUUAAAAGAAAAGAAGCUGGUGAUGCCAGCCAACAAAAAUAAUGUCAACCAGAGUGAACUGCGACAGCGAUGCUGGUAAAGAUUUUGAUUGAAUACAUUCUACUUUAGAAAAUUAAGUGAGAAACAAUGAGCUCUGUACCUAUCCUGCUAGUCACUGCUAAUGUUGGCUCUAUAUUUGAAGAGCCAACAGAAAUGCUUAAACUAUGGACUGAAGAAUUUCUAUCUAAAAUUGCCAGUUUAGAUGCCAAGUUUAUUGCUUUACAUUGCCAGGAAGUUGGUGGUAAGAAGUAUGAAAAAUCCAUGAAGCACGUAGAACGUUUCCUUCUUCUCCUCUCUUCUAGCCCAGAAUUGCAAAAUUUCAACAAAAUUAGAAUAUUUCUUGACGAGGACUAUACUUCUGUUGAACAUUUUACAGCUUUAGGAAAUCUUUAUUUUAUUCACAACUCCAUACAUGAUGCUAAAAUCUGGGACUUUAAAAAAUCCGACUUUGCCCAAGUUGCUGAUAAUAAAACGUUCUCGGGAAAUAUCGAAUCAGUCGAUACCAAAGAAAAAUCCAAAUUUCCCCAGCAUUUUUUUCCAGAGUGUAAAUGGUCAAGAAAAGGUUUUAUGCGCACAAGAUGGUCACUUUGCGGCACCAUAUUUGAUUUAGUCAAUAUCCAUCUGUUCCACGACGCUUCAAACCUAGUAUCCAUGUCUUCAUAUCCGUCAGUUUACAGUCGCAACCGACAAAAGGCACUGGAACACACCCUGUACAAGUUUCACAAUGACCCAUUGGACAACAUACCAUAUUUUCUUUUUGGAGAUUUUAAUUUUAGGACUGAUAAUGAAGGCGUGAUUAAGAAACUUACUAAUGGCUUAACUAAAACUAGGAUACAAAAUACCAAGAAUAAUGAUCAAACCAAGCUGCAUUUUAAUAAUGAGGAAAAUAAUUUGAUAUUAAGUAUUGGCAAGAAGGAGUUUAGCCAUAAGGACCAUGAGAGAGUGUUCCUAGAUUUUGAAUGGUUAAAAAAAUAUGAUAAAGAACCUGAAGCUUUUUCGAAUAUCCUAUCGGAAUAUCCAAUAAAUUUCAUACCUUCCUAUCCAUUUGAAGAGAAAAUAACCAAAGGAACCAGCUAUAUGCCCACCCGUUGUCCAGCAUGGUGCGACAGAGUUUUAUUUAGUCAUACAGCACAGAAAAUUAUUGAUGAGGGGCAUAAUCAUGAAUACGGACUUUUGGGCGUCAAAACUUGUAUGGGAGAUCACAAGCCAGUGUUCUUGAGGAUAUCCCUUCGUGCAAAUGCAGGUAUAGUUAAAUGUUGUGACCAUGCGUUGUUCGUUUGCUUGCCUGUCACGUGCUGUUGCUGUCGCAAUUUCGCUUCUGUCACUAUAAAUGUGGUCGACAUGAGCAUUAACAGCAACGUGAGCCGCUCUUUAACAGAUGCAAAUUCAAUCGAUUCAAGUUUACUGCAUGAUCGUAGUGCGACAAAAGGCAUGUUGUCGCACGACCCUUACACUCCUGAAAGUUCGAACUCGCGCACACCUCAACCGGAAGAAGUCGAUGGAGAGGAGGUGGAUGAGGAGAGCUGGAGAAGCACUGUAUCACCAAACGAACUGAAAAGUAAAUUGGAGAAUAUUAUUUGUAAAAAGUCUUUCCCAUUGAUCAAGCAAUCAUCUUUGGAAGACGAGUAUUUAGAUUUGGAGUUGUUGACUACUAUUAGGAUAGAUGAGGCUAGAGGGCGUUUUAGUAGCUCGAGUGGUGAUAGUAAGAGUUUUAAUAAAGAUAUCGAUCGAAUAUCCAAGCGUGGUAAUAGGAAAAAAAAUAAGCGAAGGUUUUUGAAGUGUUGUUCACUCGCAUGAUUUUAUAUGUACUUAGUUUUUUUUGUUGACAAUAUUUAGAACGUGUUUCAAAAACCAAAUUUCCUUUCCAACUCAUCCACAUGAUCACUAGCUAAUUAAUUUUUGUCGCACGUUUUAAAAUUGUUUUAUUUGUAUAUAUAGGCCUUAACAUAGAUAGUAUUUAGCUUGGGUGGAAAAGGAAAGGUUCUUUAUCAAUAACAUAAUAGACAUUUUCACCUCAAAUGAAUUUCAUAUUUCUAUUAUUUUUAAUCAGUUGUACGGAUCAAAAUAAAAAUACCCUUAGUUGGCCUUGAAAAUUCAUCUUUUGGUAAUAAAUAAUUUUUACAAAGUACUGUUUUUGUACCAGAUAUUUGAACAUAGUAAAUAGUGUCAGUCUGUGACGUACACUUCUGCAUCGACCUAUAAGGAUAGUUCACAAUGAAUUUGACCAAAUUUGACGCACAUUUCUCUUGCGUUCCUUGUUUAAGCUCUGAAGAGUGAAAAUGACGACAUUCGUUGUACGUAUUUCCACGUCAUUCCUUUAAUUUUUUCAAAACAACCACCUCUUGUUGGUUUUCUUCAGUUUUUGGUUGGUGUAGAAGCUGACGUCAUAUUCGGCGAGAGUUUUGAGGUUUCAAAUUCUGCAUCAAAAAUAGGAACUUAUAGUACAAGAGCCAGUGAAAAAAAAUCCGGCUCAUUUUAUUAUGGCUGAAAAAUUUAGGAAAUGUAGAAUCAAUCAUGAACAAUACGAAAUCGCGUGCCUGCCUGCUCGUAUCGGUUGCGUUUAUUAAUAAAAAAAUGUUUAACGAGGUUUUGUAAAAGCAAAAACCGACUCAUCGCGUUUUGCAUGAAAAUUUGUGUGAACAUAGAACAAACACCCCCAAGUAUGAUUUCGAAUGCCUGUCUACCUAAAUCAGUUGCCAAAUAGCGCCUGUCAAAUAAAAAUCGACUGAAAUUUUUCUCAAAAUUCGACUCAUCGCGUUUCGAGUGAAAAUUAAAUAUAUCACAGUUAAGGGCAUUACAAGAACAUUUAUGACUGCCUGCCCGAUCAAAGCCGUUGCUUUCUAAUGCCUGCCUGGUCCCAAAGAUCGCAAAGUAUAAUAAUAUACCAGGUGGAAUACUCAAAUUCACAAAAUAAAAACACAUAGACCGUGCCGACCUAGAGAUGCACAAAUAACAAUGAUUUCGUUGCAAUGUUGCCAGGCUUUUUUGACGACUUCCGUUCAACUGAGUGACAAAAAUCCUUCAAAAUCCUUCAAAACAGUGGCGGUUGGCCGGCACCACCAACUAUUGACAAUUUCGAAAAUGAAUGAAGAUCUGGACGUCAUUUGGGGAUAAAUUCUGCACUCGAUUUAUUAAUUUGUUGUUGUUUCUUUUGGUAAAUACUAAUAGAAACAAUCCAAAACAAGUCUGUUAUUUUUAUAUAAACAUUGUUCAUGUUCAAAAUAACUCGAUUCCAGUGGCUGAAAAAUCUGUAUCAUAAUGAAGUUCAUUAUGAAACAGAUGUUAUAGACUUUAUAAUUUAAGUAAUUAAUGAAAUUUAAUUUCGGUGAUAAAGGUUGAUCUAUUUAUGAAAAUUACAAUAAGCUUUUUCAAGAGAAAAGAAAGAAAGUCUUUAUAUUAGCUGCCUCCGAUGAAGGGUAACAGCUAAGUGUUCUCAUAAACACCUCAAUGGUCCGAGGUUCCCAUGGUCUUUUUGCCUGCGCUUGGGUACUUUAUGACGUCCAUAAAUCCAUAAUCCAUCUAGGUGUACUGUCGUCAAAGUUUUCGACGAUAACACAGAUUUGAAUCGUUUAAGAAGCGUAUUAUGAAACGUCAGUAGAAAAUAGCUAUUUACCUAACAAGUGCGGAAAAUGAAUUUUUCCGCAAGUGUUAGGUACAAUAUUUUUCCUACAGGCGAAAAAAUGUAAAAUUUUUCUUUUUUUUUUUGACAUAUCAGUGCGGUAAAUUUUUUUCCGCACUGACAGCCGUGCGGAAAAACUUUUUCCGCACUGAUAUGUCAAAAAAAAAAGUUUUACCGCACCGUGCGGGAAAACUCAUUUUCCGCACGCAUAUCAGUGCGGAAAAUCGAUUUUUCCGCACGGCUGUAGGAAAAAUAUAUUUUCUACGAGCGUGCGGAAAAGUGUACUUUUUCGCACGCAUUUUAGGUCAUGAAAGUACCACUUUUCCGCACUAGUACUUUUUGGCUUUUUUUCGCACUGAGUGCGGAAAAGUAAUUCCUGAAAUUUUUAGGUAUACAGGUACUUACAGGUUUACAGGUAUACUACAGGUACAGGUACGAAAAAGUGAAAAAAAUAUCUUAAAUUGAUGAAUAUGUAGGUAAAAAUAUUAACUUUUAUCUCGUAGAAAAAAUAGUGUUCCUAACUCGUGCGGAAAGUCUCUUUUCCGCACUCGAUUGCUUGCCGAACUCUGCUACGCGUCGUUCGGCAAACUGCAAUCGCGUGCGGAAAAGUGAUACUUUCCGCACUAGUUAGGAAAUAUACUAUUACCAAAUAAAAAAAAAACACUACCUAUACCUAACAUGAAUUUGCAAAGCAGAAAAGUAACUUUUGAAAGAAAAAUUUGUGUGACAAAAUUCUGACAAUUGAAGACCCUGAUGCAAGAAGGGGAUAAGUAACAAUAUGUAAAUUUUUCAGGAGAAGCAAAAACCGUUUUUAUUUCAAAAUUAAAUUUUAUGUUGCUCAUGAAGUAUGGCCAAACUAGUACAACAGCUAUAUAUGAUUUAAACAGCAUUUGACAGCCAAAUAAGAAUGCUAUUAAGCAAAAAAAAGUUGCGGUGCAAUAAUGGGAUAAGUUGCAUUUAAACUAUUUUCAGCAAAAAAGUAAUUAUUAUUCAAUGUGUAUCAACCUCAGAUGAAUAUAAACUGAAGUAAUAUGCUAAUAAUUUUAACAUAAAGUCAAAUGUUUCUCAUGAGAAUAGCCAACUAUCUCUCUCUGCUAGAACUUGAAGCCAGGAACUCACUGCCGGAACUUUGAAAUGGUUCAUUCUCCUUACAGCCUGAGCUCAUAAUAAUGUCCUAUAUUUCAAAUAAUAAAAAAUAACGCAAUAUUUUAAUGCACCGCACCCUUACUUAGGUACCAGGUUAACUUAUUUUUACUGUCCAGAAAGCUGUCUCUGAUCCAACGGUUUUUUGGUGACUACCUGACUGAGGUCGUAUGCACACAUACCUUACCUGAUCAUGCAAUGGGACAAAAUUUCCCACAUAUAAAAAUAAUACUAAAUUUGGUGCAAGAACGGGAUAUGUUACACAAAUCUUAUCCCAUUAUUGCACCAGACCCUACCAGGGGAUAUGUGGUUUGCUAUCAUAAUUCAGUAUCUGUUAAGCGUACGUAUCCCAAACUUGCAUCAGGCAAGAAGAGCAACUUUUUAAACCUACAUAUGCAACUAUCUCACUUUUGCAGAUUUAUGCACUUAUCCCCUUCUUGCACCAGAGUCUUCAAUUGACACAAAAUCUCCAUUUUCAAGCAGUCAUUCACCAAUGGUACAGGGUUUGUUUAUAGCUGGAACACUCAGUAACUUUUCUAUUAUUGAAAAUAGAGGUCAUGUAUAAAUUGGAUUUCUUGGUUAAUUGCAAAGAUCUUAAUCGCUACAACGAUAUUUUUUUUGCGCCAAAGGUAUACAGGGUGCGCCAAAAAAGUCAUUUUUCUUAAUGGAUUGCCCUGUAUGUUUUUGAAUUUUUAAAAUUCUAAAAAAUUAGCUUCACAAAAAUUUCACACACUAUUUGGAUAACAAAAAUUCACAGGACGUUCCAUUGAAAAAAAAAUAGUUUUUUAACGCAUCUUGUAUACCUUUACCAAGAAAUUUUCCAACUUGAACAUGCACUCUAUUUUCAAUGAUAAAAAAGUAAUUGAGUCUCCCAGUUAUACAAAAACACAAAGUCCCAGUACCAGAUCUGAGAUCAGAACUUUUGUCUCCAGUGACUUUACCUGUAACCGACUUGGCAAUGGCGUCGAACACUCAUCCCAGAAUCCCAGCAGCACUAAUAUUACCAGCUUGUUGAAAAAUCAUUAUCAGUAUCUAUCUAGGUAUAAUAAUAAAUAAAUGUCGAUUAUUUAAAAAUGUGUGUAUAUGUACAAUAUAAUAUGUUUAAUAAAAAAAACCCAUAUUUUCUUUGUGUCCUACUUUGCUAAGGUCGUAGAGAAAAUGUUGAUCCUAACUCAGGCAUAAAGUAUUUUUCGCUCCGCGUCGUUCGGGUCAACGGCAGUCGCGUGCAGGAAAGUAUAACGAUAACGCGGUGAGUCGAAUUUUGAGAAAAAUUUCAGUCGAUUUUUAUUUGACAGGCGCUAUUUGGCAACUGAUUUAGGUAGACAGGCAUUCGAAAUCAUACUUGCGGGUGUUUGUUCUAUGUUCACACAAAUUUUCAUGCAAAACCCGAUGAGUCGGUUUUUGCUUUUACAAAACCUUGUUAAACUUUUUUUUAAUAAUAAACGCAACCGAUACGAGCAGGCAGGCACGCGAUUUCGUAUUUUUCAUGAUUGAUUCUACAUUUCCUAAAUUUUUCAGCCAUAAUAAAAUCAGCCGGAUUUUUUUUCACUGGCUCUUGUACUAUUAUAUUUUGACAAAUCAAAUGUCUCCGAAAGUAAUGUCAAUAUACUUAAAUUUGUGUUCUGGAUCUGAAAGUUAUAAAAAAAUACUAAAUCUACCCAUUUUAUAAUGAUGUGGAUAUUGUUACAGAAAAUUAACUUAUUUCUCUGUUUUCGAGUCUUGUGGCCCUUGGGGUAGCUAUUGUUUUCUUAAAUUGAUUAUUCGAAGCUCAAACAAAUUUAACUUCAACAUUACAAUUUGAUAAAGAUUUAUUCAUUAUUAUUUGAUAUUCCCUGGUGUCUUUAUGUUUAGGGUUUAAAAAAAUUACUACUUAUUCACUAUAGACUUAAGUGUACCGGUAAGACUGAUUUAUUACAAUUUAGAAUAGGAAAAUGGUUUAUUGCCUAUGCCUUUCCAAAUCCCAGUUGUCACUUAAUUUUUUAUUUUAAAUUUAACAAGAAAAUAUAGUAGUUUUUGCCGUUAUUUUAUUUUUUAUUUAUUUGUUUGCUUGUUUGUCUGUCUCAUUUUUAGAGAUAUUUACUCUGAGUUUGAUUCAACUUCAUCAAUAUGCGCAUUAAAAUAAUGCACUGCAUAAAAAAUGCAACAGUUCUAGAAUGGGUUUUGUCGGGGUUGGAACAAAUCCUCUCCUUGCUUGCUUGGAGAAUUUGUUUUACAGAAAUAGACAAAGGAGCUGUGUUUAAUUAAACUAUUUUAAUAGUUCUCAAUUCUUCAAUUUCUCAGUCGAUUUUGAUAAUUUCUGGAUGCCCAUUUAAAUUUACAAAAGCUACCUUGGAACCUACCUUCCGUAAGGCGUAAAUUCCUGCUGAAAUACAUAAAUUCAAAAGCUUUUCAACAAUAAUAUUUAUUUUGUAUAAUAGCUAUCUCAGCACCUUUAGAUGCGGGUUUGAGGCCAUUUUAACUAGAACCAAAAUAGCAUUUCUUAGCGAUUCAAUUUUUUUUGCGUAUCAUAUUUGAAGAAUUGAGAAAGUUUAAAGGAUCCAAAUUGCAAAUAAUUUUCAGAAAUUUAUAUUUAGAGGCCUACAAGAAAAUUAUUUAUUUGUAUCACUCAGUUGCAGAGAACUAAUGUCUUUAGUUCGAAGACUGAGAAAAAAAAUUCUUAGGAAUAAUGACAGCGCUUUCUUUUUUUUUUUGGUGAUUUCUUUUACAAAUUAAACAAAACUUAGAAAAAAUAUCAAUCAUUCGCCCAUUUCAUAAUAUUUUGUGUGUCGUGUCAUGUUUCUCAAGUAUAUUUGAAUUGAUUUUUAUGUUUUUUUUUUUUUCGUGUUCUUUUUUUAAGUUUUUUUUUUGUGCGACUUUUUUAAUUUGCGUUCAGUUAAGCUGAAUAACACUGUUAGCUUAUUAUUUUUCUUACAAUUUUUUGCAUGAAAAUUUUCAUGUUUUAUCUAAAAUUAAAUAUCUCUCUGACGGACUUUUGCAAGAAAAUUAAUACGAAAACAGUCCUCCUAUAUUCAGUACGUCAUUUUUUAACCGUCUUGCCCUUGUUAUGUUGGAGCAUGGAGAUAUGGUUGCCGAAACCAGUCAACAAUAAUUUCGAGAGGCAUAAUUUUUCAUCAAACAAUAAACCCACAUUUUUCAACCCUCUGGAUAUCAAUACAUUUCCUGGCAGCGCAGGCCUGGCAUUUUGGUAACGAUAAGUCCUUCAAAAUAAUGCAUAACUUAACGUUCCUUCUCACUCAAUAUAUGGGGAAUUACUUUGAAAUAUAAAAUAAGUGAGUUUAACUUCGGGUAAGACUUUGUCAUCGAAACUAUCGUUAAUGCAUCGUUUCGGUUAUUUUUAUUUCCAAUGACUACGAGAGUAGGGUUGAGACGGUUUCAAACUGAGGUACUCUUAUUGUGUCGGUAAUGGAUCGAUUCUGUUUCUAGAAGGUAAGUGUAGAUGUUGCUUUAGAUGUUAACAAUUAAGAUGGGUUCUAACACAGCCAUUUAAUUCAAUUUAGGAUUUAAGAUAAUUUAAAAGUCCGUCAUAUGGCAUGGUAGACUUUUUAAAUUUAAUUAUAUUAAAUUUUAAAUUGGAUUAAAUGGCUGUUAGAACCCACUUUAAAAGAAACAAUAAUUCAAAAGCUCAAAAUGACAGUAUUUUGUUUUUAGGAAAGUUAAACGAUGCAACAGCACCAGAAUCGUCCAACAAGAAGGACGAUGAAGAGGAUAAAGAUAACGCUAUCAGCGAUUACAUUUACAUCCAGAAUAUAUUGCAUCCAAUGAAAGUCAUGAAGGAGUCUUCAGUUUAAAUUCAUUUUAUCUUCAAAUUAUUUUGAAGCAGGUUUACGUUAUUUGGAAAAAAACUGGAAAGAAUCUUAAGGAAAGAGUUUUAAAUAUUGUAAUGUUUCUUUUAAAAGCAUCUUUGUCUGGAAUUUUAUCAAGGUCUCUCUAUGUUUACUAAAUAUUUAUUAGGAAAUCUAAGUAUCGUUAUAGAUUACUCAGUACCUACCAAUGUUAUUCCAUUAAUUAUUUGAUCAUCUAUGUAUUUUGUGCACUGUUUUGUGGACCUGUUGAUUUACUAUAACUAUAAAAUAAAACUAAAACGCGCAUCUUAUUUAUAUCCAAAAAUUUAUUUUUGUUUAGAAAUCUUAAUCUAUUUAAUCAAGACUCUGAAUAAUUGAACAUGGAUAUAUUUACCCAUACAAUAAAAAUAAUACAUGUUUACAUCCAUAGUACUAGAAUAAUAUGUGUAUCCCAAAUAAUAUGUAUCCAUCCCUGUGGUUUAUAUCAGAAAUAAUUAACGUACAUGUACUCAGUACUCAGUAGCUUGAUAUAGGUGAUGAAUUAAAAAAAAAAAAAUCUAAGUACCAUGGUCGGUACUAAUAUGUAUGGUUUUGCAACAAUCGCAAUUCAAUUGGCGCAGUUUUGAUCAACUGACUGCACAAAACAGAUCAGAUAUAACCACUUAAAACCCACGGUAAUUUUUAUCAAUAAACUAAAUCUUUCAUUUAUAUAUGUGCCUUCUGAUUGGUUAGAGUUGGUUUUUUAGUACCUUAUAGAUACGAUACACUCAAAUUAAAUAAAAAUUUAUACCUACUUAAUAAAUGUUUGUGAAUGUUUAGGGUAUUUGUCCGUAAAAUUAAGGCAGUAUUCAAUUAUUGUUAAGCAUAUAACUGCAGUAAGUACUCAAUUGUCUUUUUUUAUUUUUUUAGAUAAUUUUAUUUUUGUUAUCCAAAUAAUGGAAUAUACCAGUUUUAUGUAAACCAAGGUAUGUGUAUUUUUGUAUUUUGUUUGGAAAAACAAAUCUCAUGGUAGUUCUAGGGCACAAUUACUAAUAGCUCCAAACGAAGCCGUAUAAAUAAAAUCGCACAUCGCAGCAUUAUUCUGAUAAUCCAUCUCUGCAAUUUUAUAUUCAGGAUUGAUGGAUACUUUGAUUUUAUAAUUUCCAGGCUCCAGAUCAGAUAUGUCGACCCAUUGACAGUCAACUGUGUGUUUGUAUAUAUCGGAACAAUUAACAGAUAUUCCUUGGUCACCGUAGUUGGCGCAUGCGUAUUUGGGCUCGAUUCCAGGAAGGCAUUGAUUGUCUUCCAGGCAAAAUGACGCUUUGUGACCUUCUGCUACCUUUUUGCCAGAUAAAUUGAAGACGUCGAAGGUGGCGAAUACUUCCAUGCUGUGAUAAUGCCUAUUAGAAAAUUUUAAAUUAUUACUAGAUUUUUGAAAUCCUACAGUUACUUACAUAUGGCACAUAUGCCACUCCCACAAGUGUUUGGGUAUCACGGGUCGGAAAUCUGCAUUGCCUGCAUUUAGUGCACGAGCUGUGAAUCUUAACAAUCUUCUAGUUUCCAAGUGCCAAGCGUCAUUUUCCUUUUGAAUUUGAUAGGCAGAUGAGGCAGCACAAUUUUCUUCCAUAGCGCAUUGUAGAAAAAACAUCGGUUGAUCUUGAAGAUACGCCGACCUUAUGAGUUCAUCGUAA